AUAUGUUCAGUGACAAACAAGAAACCACCUCAAGCAUCUAUUACGAAGGUGAAGCAAUUCGAAGGCUCUACAUCUUUUGUGAGGAGAACUCAGUGGAUGCUCGAGCAGCUUCGCCAGGUCAAUGGUAUAGACCCUAAUCGGGAUUCCCCGGAAUUUGAUUUACUAUUUGAAAAUGCUUUCGAUCAAUGGGUAGCAAGCACAGCUUCAGAAAAAUGCACGUUUUUUCAGGUUCUACAUCACACUUGUCAGCGAUAUCUUACAGACAAGAAGCCAGAAUUUAUCAACUGCCAAUCUAAAAUUAUGGGAGGAAACAGCAUACUCCAUUCGGCAGCAGACAGCGUGACAAGUGCAGUACAGAAGGCAAGUCAGGCUUUGAAUGAGCGUGGUGAAAGGCUAGGUCGAGCAGAAGAAAAGACAGAGGAGCUGAAAAACAGUGCUCAGCAGUUUGCAGAAACUGCACACAAGCUUGCCAUGAAGCACAAAUGCUGA